AUGGCAGCGUUUGAGGACCUGCAGGAGCUGCGGCUCCCGGAGCUGUUGGAGAGCAGCAGGCAACUCCUGGAGGAGGUGGAGGAGACGACGGAGCCCACAGGGUCCAAGAUCAUCCAGGACAAGGUGAGGAGGGGCCUGGACCUCCUGCUGCGGGCCUCGGGCAUGUUAUCACAGCUCGACCUGUUCAGCCCGAAUGAAGACUGGGAGGAGAUAGCUUCCGCUGACCUCAAGUACCUGAUGCUGCCGGCCCUGCAAGGUGCGCUCACGCUGAAGCUGCUGGGCGCCGGCCAGCGCCUGGACCACUUGCAGCAGGCUCGGGAGCACUUCCUGACCUUCCUGACCCAGAUGCACAACUACCACGUGGCCGACUUUGAGCUGCCCUGGGCAGGGAGCAGCUCACCGGAAGAAGGCCAGGCGGCCACUUCCUCGCCGGCAGAACGCAGCCUGGUUGCCAUGGCAUCCCAGAGGCAGACCAAGAUCCAGAGAUACAAGCGGAAGAAGGAGGUGGAGGAGCGGUUGUCCGGCCUGCAGUCGGCGGUGGAGAGCGGUCAGGCGGAUGACCAGCUGGUCCGGGAGUACCACCUACUGCAUCUCCGGAGGUGGGUCAGCAUCAGCCUGGACGAGAUUGACAGCAUCGACCAGGAAAUCAAGAUCCUGAGAGAGAGAGACUCCUUCAGCGAGGUCUCAGCAUCCUACCCCAGGCCUCAGGAGAAGCCGCCCCUGAAGCCCUUCGUCCUCACCAGGAGCACCGCCCAAGCCCAGGUCUUCGGAGCUGGUUACCCAAGUCUGGCGACGAUGACGGUGAACGAAUGGUACGAACAGCGUCAGAAGUGUAAGGCUUUACCAGCACCCGAAGUAGAAACUCAGCCCACACGGGUUGGGUCCUACAGAGAGUCUCAGCAAGAGGAAGAGGAAGAGCAGGAGAAAGAGGAACACGACGAAGCCCGCCAGAGACUCCAGCAGUGGGAUGACUGGAAGGAAAGCCAUCCUAGGGGCUAUGGCAACCGCCAGAACAUGGGCUGAUCUCUCACUGUGAGUGGACAAAGGAGCGGCCAC